AUGGUGGAUGGACUAGAAGAGAUAGAAGAAACACAGCAAAAUAUAAACGAGCCAGGGCCAAGCUGGCAGGGCACAAGCCAGCAGAGUACAGAUGGAUACGCAGAGACUGAAGCUGUAAACGAACGGGGCCAUGCCCCGCCCCCCUACGAUGAAGCUGUGCUCCUUCCCGAGCCUGCGGGGUAUAUUCCUCCCCCAAACUACCACGAUGCAGUGCAGCAAUACAUCAGCGAAAGACCCGUGAUCCCCAGAGACUUCAUGGAAAACUACAACAACAUAUCCAGAGACCCGCACUACGUGAAUGCUCCUCCUGUCUCCGAGCAGCUGUAUACAAGCACGCUGAAAAUAUGGAACAAGGUGUACUACGACAUGCACGCUCUUUUUGUUCUCUUUGUAUACUACAUUCCCGUCUACCUCGUUGGGCCUUUCCUGUACUCUGCAAUGCUGGACCAGAUUCUCCUUGUGUCAAACGGAGGAUCCAAGGCUUUUCCCAAGGGCGUGGACUUUGACCCAUCGUAUGACUUUUUGUCGUACGGGAUUAUGUGCAUACUGUUCCUUAUAUUUAAGACUGUUCUUUGGUUCUUCCUUGGCAAGCUCAGCUAUCUGGGCGUGCUAAGCAGCAAGCUGGAGAUCGAAAGCGACUUCACCGGGCCAAUGCACAUUCUCAUAUUCAUCAUGAACAUAGCGACUAUACAGAUAUUCUAUGCGCUCUACGACUACAACAUUUCUAACAUCGCGUUCUACACGCCUCCAAAGUCAACGAUAAUCUACGCUGUUCUGCUGCUCACGUACAUCAUGGUCUGCAUAAAGUACCUUAAAGACAUAUAUUCGUACAUCACAGGGUGGAGCAAUAACGCCCUGCACGAAAGCGGGAUAUUUGACGAGUCAACUGAAGAGUUUUCUCGGGUUAUUGCUGUUAUAGGGAUAACCGUGUGUCUAGUCGGUCUUUCUGGCGCGAUCUGUCUGCUGUAUGACUCUUUUCUUAACGUAAUCGAUAUGUUCAAUAUAGAGAUAACAAUUAAGUACUAG